AUGAGUGUCCAGCCAGUAAAUCCACGUCCAUUCCUCAACGAUCUCACCGGUAAAGCUGUUCAAGUGAGGCUCAAGUGGGGGUUGGAUUAUAAGGGAUAUUUGGUUUCGGUGGACAAUUACAUGAACUUGCAGCUCGCAAACACUGAAGAAUUCCAAAAUGAAAAGUCUAAUGGCGCACUCGGAGAGGUCUUUAUACGUUGCAACAACGUACUCUGGUUGAAAGAAGCAGAGGAAGCUUCAAACGCAGCAAAGGAUGAAGAAAUGCAACAGUAG